GUUUUUGCAGAAACUACAGACUCUGCUGAGAAAACAGGUAUGAAUCACAGUUCAUGUCACAGCAAGAUCUUUCCUGCUGUGUUUAGAGGAAGAAAAGAGCAGAGAGAGAGAGAUUUCCACGAGAGGGAGACACGGCAAAGAGGAUCGAAACAAGCCGAGAGGAAGACUGUAUAGAACACAGUGAGACAUGGCAUUACAUCCUGGAAGGCUGUAUACAUACAGGGCACAGUGAAUAGUGAAAGAAACAGCCAUAGAGGAAGGUGAAGUUGAACUCCUGUCUGUCUGACGACGAGGAAAAUGCAGCGUACACUACUGAUAUAUCUGAUCAGUCUGAUCGGGAGCUGUGUGGCUCAGACGGGAUACACUGUGUGCAGCCUUCAUUCUACAUUCAGACCAGCAGCAAACUUCACUGUGACAUGUGGAGAUGAUUAUAUCUAUUUGAGCAUCCUACUGUGUCCAAUCUACUACAGAGGCUACAAUGAAUCCUUCAUGACUCUUAAUGGAAAAUAUAAUGUUCCAACCUGCCAGGGAAUGGCAGAUUUCAGUGGCAGCAGCCCUGUCCUCAAUUUCAGUUUCUCAAUCUCUCAGGAGUCAGUAUCUCUCUGCGGCAGCUCUCUGGAGAUCACAGAUGAAGUGGACGUUGGUCAGUCGCCUCGUUUCUCCAGAGUCCAGUUUCUCAACAUUUCUGGAAGCGUCAUCCCUCAGAGUCCUGGCACCAGUCCCAUCACAUUCCCCCAGGACAUGACCUAUCAGUUCUCCUGCCGCUACCCGCUGCAGAGCGUGGUUAAUGUGACUGAAGUAAGCAUGUCUGAGCCGAGCCUGAACAUUAAAGAGGAUAGAGGCAGCUUUGUGAGCACACUGAGCAUGAAUCUGUUCACUAACCAACAAUACACGCAACCUCUCCAGAUACCCGACGGUGGGCUCCAACUGAAAACUCGUAUAUAUGUCCAGGUCAAGGCAACAGAUCUGACCAACAGGUUAAAUGUGCUGCUUGAUCGAUGCUACGCAACAACGACCCCACAUCCUCUGAACAGCACCUUCUAUGAUCUUUUUGUUGGGUGUCACUAUGAUGAGCAGACAAUGGUGGACCUGAAUGGAGUUUCACAAGAAGCUCGUUUCUCCUUUGAGGUCUUUCGUUUCCUCGAGCAUCAGAACAUCAGCAUCUCCACCUUCUACCUGCACUGCGUCACACGACUGUGUGAGAAUUCCACCUGUUCCUCCAUGCUACCGAACUGCGAGGCCAAGGUGAAAAGGGAGGUUCAGGCCAGUCAGGACUCAAACAAAGUCAAAACUGUCUCCUCAGGACCAAUCAGGACAAACGUGAACAACGGUGAAGCUCUAGAAUCAUCCAGUCAAUUCGACUCUUAUCCUUCUGAAAGCAGUUCUGCAGGAACUGUAGCAACAGCUGCUAUACUGACCUGCCUGCUGAGCAUCUGCACGUCUGGCCUGGUUGUGUUUAUACUGGUUUAUAAGAAGUAUAAUGUUUUCUCCAUUAUUAGUUAAUGAACAGCUUGGACCUUUUUUUACAACUAUCUACACAACAGUACCGUGGGGGAACUGUGUUCCUUUCAGUUUUCCUGAAAUAAUAUUAAUAACAAUAAUAAAAAUCAGGUUAUUCUGCCUUUGCACUAUAUCAAUCUUAAGUUCUGUAUAUAAACUGGAUCCAUUUUUUUAUUAGUAUUUUUUUUUUUUGCUGAUGGGGAUAUGUAAAUUCAGAUUUAAUUUAAAAUUAAAUGAUGUUUAAUACAUUUUGUAUACCUGCAUGUUAAUUUUUUUUUAUUGAUAAUUUUUUACUGUUUAAUAAAGUUUUAUGGCUCACUCUUUGCCAAAUAAAUAAAUGUGUAAAACAAGAUAAGUGAAUUAUGAUGAGAUGAGAUGUGAUUCAACCUUGGAAACUUGAA